CUCAGAUUCCUACGAAGCCUAAAGCCGUAGACCCACCUUUUUGUUCAUGCUCCGACAGAAGAUCCGCUCGACUGCCCGACCGUGCGCACACGCGCGCUUUUCCGCGUGGUACAACGGCGAGCUGACCAAGAGGUGUGCAAGCACUUCGGUGAGGAGUCACCAUCACUCGCUGAAGUCGCUUUCCUUACCACCGCUUGGUAGGCGACCGCGAUGCUUGUUACUCCCGUCCUCGGCCCGCCCUGCGUUCGCUGUACGUGAGGCACGCAUGGUGCUCCCAACAAUCAACCUUCGCUCGGCUCGGCGGUGUCAACGAAGCUUCGCUUGGCUCGAGGCGGCAUCGAACAUCUCGUGGUCUUCACCACCUGAGUUAAUUUGUGGAAUCGACGAAUCAGAAAAAGACUGCCAUUGGUCGACACGCAGCGGGAUCCGCGAGCUCCACGAGCUUGUGUUCGCUGCCUCGAAAGGUUCGCUGCCGACUCGUCACCCCCUUGGCGACGUCGUGCCGACUUACGUAGCGACGAACCUUGACCAUCGCAGCAACAAACCUUGUUGGCGAGUGACCCUCCUGUCGUGCCUGCUUAGGCGACCAAAGAAGCUCAGGACGUCAAUGCGGGAGACGAGGCGACGUCAAGCCACCGAGAAAGUUUCUUGCGCAUUGCUAGCAAGCUAUCGUGGAUGUCGCUGCCCUUGCUUGGCCCUCGACACUGAAGCUUGAGGACCGCAUCGUUGCGUGACACGAGGAGUGCGGAGAUUGCGCGGAGAUCGCGCGGAGUCCGCGGCGGAGAGCGGAGUGUGGGAUGGAUUUGAUCGAUUCAUUCGGCCUCGACUCGGGCGACGC